CGCCAUCUUGAUGAGAUCAAAAUCGGAACUUCAAAAUCAGCUGAUUGCAACGUAAACAAACAAACAGUAAAACAUUUGUUUUACGCGUUUACCUUGUUUAGUGCACGAAAAUUAGUGAAUUUUGGGUCGACUCUCUCACAAUAACUUGUCGGUUUACCUAAAAUACAGCAGACAGUGUUUUGGGACAUCAAGUGGAGAUAAUUCUCACAAUUUGAGAGUCGUGAUGAGUAUCAAAACAUCGCAGUGUAUGGGGCUCGAAACGCGAGGGGCUCAACGUAAUCGGUAUACUUUCAAAUGGCUGGUGCUCACAUACCGGUGUCAGAUGGGUGGUAUUAUUAAUUUUGUAGAGUAGGUUUGAUUGUCGGUUUAUUCCCACCUACCUGCUCAUGUAUCCUUCUUUAAUGUUUACAUCUUUAAAUGAAAAAAAAAACAUAAACAAAAGAAUCUGUUGUUUCUAACGAUCUCUUCGUUUUUGAGCGUGAUGUCCUGUUGUUUAUUUAAGGAUUGUUUCAACCGGUCGACUCCGUUAACCAGUAUAACAUUCUUUAGACUUCCCAAAGAUAGUUCGCGACGGCAGUUAUGGUUAAAGCGUUCAGGCUGUGAGGAUCAUGUGCCAAACACUCGAGCGGUCGUUUGUGAGGUGCACUUCGAGGAAUCAGAUUUGCGACGCCAAUUCCAUCGGACAACCUUAAGAGCGGAUGCCGUUCCACGGGAUUAUCGCAAUCGACAAGAACUUCUCAAUGAUCGACCGAAAAACAAAACAGACGAUAAAUGCAGCACUGACGAAGUGUACACCAUCGUUGAAGCUGAUUAUGAACUCGUCGUUGGAAAUAAGACAGAGUCAGCCAAUAUUUCUUCGGAAAGUGUACAAAACUACGACUACAUCGAAAUAGAAUCGAUAACUGAAUCCGAGCUUUCGGAAAAUAAUUCACCAGGAAGUUCAACUGAGGUAUGCGAGGAAUCGCAUAAACGGAAAACCCACGAACAAUGUGGGACUAUACCAUCUUUAAUCAAGGAUCAAUAUACCAAAAAGAUCAAAACCGCUGAUCCUAUAAUUGAGACUGCAUCUUCCGUUACUAGUACGAGUGGUAGCCGUAUAGUAACAGCCGAAGAAGAAGCUGUUCCCGAAUCACCUGUCGACGAACGGGUCAUACAAAGUAAAGAAAAGAAACCUACCACUACCGCAGAUAAACUAAGCGAAGAAGAAUAUUUUGCUCUAUCAUUAGUGGGACCUCUACAACGACUGUCACCGGAGAAAAGGGCAGUCGCGAAAGUUAAAAUACUUACGUAUCUUGUAAGACUUGAAUGCGGAAUAGAUGCUGAACUGUAAUUAUUAAUGGCUUGUGUUCUAUUACAAUAUUAUUCCCUCUAAAAUGACGGCCAGAUUAAGCUGACGGUUUAUUCUCAUCACUCAGUUUGUAAUAUAAAGAGUGAUUUAUUUGCUGCUAUCUUUUUGGCAACACUGUUUCUGCGUGAAUCGUGUCGUGUCAUUGUCAGGCUUGUUCAGUUUGGCCUAUAAUUUUAUCAUGAAUCGUUCCAAGCAUUCCAAGAGCUACCAAUGCAUCCCAAAAAAAGUCACUGUGGAUUAUGGGCCGGUGGCAUUAUUGUUGGAAUACCAACCGAUAUAUUGGAGAGUGGACUAAAAUUGAGCCUUGCGCAUGGACCAUCUAAAACGGAGCCGCGGCCAACAUUUGCAUGAAAUCAUCUUCAAAUAUUAAAUUAAAUUGAUCGUUCUAUCGAUUCCAAUAAAAGUUCCAUCAAUUUUCUUUAA